AAAUGAAAUAAAAGCAUAGUACUACUACCUGUUAAUUUGAGCUAUUGAUAAAGUUUAGGGUCUUAACAAACCCCACACACGUAGUGCCAAACCUUACGGAGAGUGUCCCUUAAAUGCUGCAGUUGGUGCAGUUCUUCCCUCAUUACUCCAUCAACCAUUAGCCACACAACAUCAAGAGAAAGUCAGAGAAAUAUAUGCUCUCUCUUUACCCUCUUUCAUUUUUGAAAACUUUUCUGUUAUUUGGUUGUUGCAGCAACUAACUAACAUAAGGAGAUGAACUAUUGUGAAACAAAAAGUGUUGUCAAGAGGAAAGGAAAAGAAAGUGAUGAAACCUUGUCGUUUACAAACUCCAACAACAACAACGACAUGUCGUCGCAUCUACUUGAUCGGAACAGAGCUAAACGCUACCCUCUUCUGUCGUUUUGGGAGCUUCCUAAUUAUAUGAAGGACAAUGAAUAUAUUCUACGUUAUUAUAGAGCCAAUUGGCCUCUUAAACAAGCUUUCUUUAGUCUCUUUCGUUGGCAUAAUGAAACAUUGAAUGUUUGGACACAUUUACUUGGCUUUUUUCUCUUUCUUGGCUUGACCUUGGCGAAUUUGAUGAAGCCUCAUGUUGUAGAUCUCUUACAACAAUUUACAAGGUCUUUCUCUUCAGGUGCCGAAAAAAAUGUUUCUGAUAACAUCAAAGAUCUGUUCCUGGGAACGGCGUUACUCUUCGAUCUAAAACAUCAAAUACCAUUGAAAAUGGAACUUGAAUCCACAGAUUUGGUUAUAGCAAGGUGGCCAUUCUUUGUUUUCCUAGCCGGUUCAAUGUUCUGUCUCCUCUCUAGCAGCAUUUGCCACCUCUUUUCAUGUCACUCCCAUGACUUAAACCUUUUCCUGUUAAGAAUAGACUAUGUUGGUAUUGCUGUGAUGAUCAUAACCUCAUUUUUCCCUCAAGUUUACUAUGUUUUCCUAUGUCAACCUCAUUGGCAACUCGUCUACCUAGCCGGGAUCACAGCCAUGGGACUAUUCACAAUAGGAACAUUGCUUUCCCCAUCGCUUUCUACUGGAAAAUAUCGUGCGUUUCGAGCCAUGUUGUUCUGUUCGAUGGGACUUUUUGGUAUUGUGCCUGCUAUCCAUGCUUGCUUCGUUAACUGGGGAAAUCCUCGGCGCAAUGUUACACUAGCGUAUGAAUGUGCCAUGGCCUUAUCUUACUUGACAGGGACUUUGUUCUAUGUUACUCGGAUACCAGAACGAUGGAAGCCUGGUUGGUUUGAUUUAGCAGGACAUAGCCAUCAAAUAUUUCAUGUUCUGGUUGUGGUUGGUGCAUUAUCACAUUACGCAGCUACUCUUAAAAUGCUGCAAUGGCGCGACACUUUUGGGUGUGACGAGGCUUAGUUAAUUAAGGAUCUACCUUUCACGACAUAUAUUAUAUAUAUGUAGCAUGAGAUGGAUUUUCUGCAGUGAUUAUGAACAUUAUCAUUUAUCACAUUGUUGGAUUUCAAAGCAACUGUGAGAUAAUUACAAGUCCAAUGCCAAAAGAGAUUAUGUUUUUAGAAGUCAUUCAUCAAAAUGUUAAAUAAUAUUUGUCUUCCUUCUCUCAACUGAGUCUCAACUCUUAUUUGUUUGUUAUUCAUAUAUUAUUGUACCUAGAAUUUAUUGAAUAUUUCAUUGUGUUGUUUCUUGAAAUUAAGUUAAAAAUAUCAUUUACUAGUACAAGUAUUCAAAAGUUUAAAA